GGCGGCUGCGGGCGGAGUCAGUCGGCCCGAACCCUCUCUUUCUGUCUGGCUGGCUGCUGUCCUGUCAUCGGCCUGGGUGUGGUCUUGCAGUCAGGGGUACCGUUAGCAGGAAAUCAAGCUCGAGCCAUUUCACUUUAAGGCGAAACAAAGAAAAAAAACACACACACACACACUCGCACGCGCGAAAGGUUGAGAUUUAGUUCUUUGUGGUCGAGCGAAAAGUAGCGUCGGUGUCCUCGCGACGGGAAAAAGGCGUUCGACUGGCGCCGUUGAUCUGAUGGGAAAAAAAGUUUUCUGCUGCUCUCCGUUAACUGGUCGUCUGAUUUAAGAACUUUUUUAUUUUUUUUUAAAAAAUACAACCUGAACCGGACGUAAAAAGAAAGAAAAGAUGCCGAAGACGAUUAGUGUCCGAGUCACUACAAUGGAUGCUGAACUGGAAUUUGCCAUUCAGCCAAAUACAACAGGAAAGCAACUCUUUGACCAGGUUGUUAAGACCAUCGGGCUGCGAGAGGUUUGGUACUUUGGACUCCAGUACCAGGAUACAAAGGGGUUCUCCACAUGGCUCAAGCUCAAUAAGAAGGUGACAGCACAGGAUGUGAGGAAGGAAAGCCCGCUGCUGUUUAAGUUCCGCGCCAAGUUUUUCCCUGAGGACGUGACUGAGGAGUUAAUCCAGGAUGCCACACAGCGGCUGUUCUUCCUGCAGGUGAAGGAGGGAAUCUUAAACGACGACAUCUACUGCCCUCCAGAGACGGCAGUCCUCCUGGCAUCCUACGCUGUGCAGGCCAAGUAUGCUGACUACAACAAGGAAGUCCACACGCCAGGCUAUCUGUCCAGCGAACAGCUGCUCCCGCAGAGAGUUCUGGACCAGCACAAACUCAACAAGGACCAGUGGGAGGAAAGGAUUCAAGUGUGGCACGAAGAACACAAGAGCAUGAUGAGAGAGGAGUCCAUGAUGGAGUAUCUGAAGAUCGCUCAAGAUCUGGAGAUGUACGGAGUCAAUUACUUCAACAUCAAGAAUAAGAAAGGAACAGAACUGUUUUUGGGAGUGGACGCUUUGGGGCUCAACAUCUAUGAACAAAAUGACAAAAUGACUCCCAAAAUUGGAUUUCCUUGGAGUGAAAUAAGGAACAUUUCCUUUAAUGACAAGAAGUUUGUCAUUAAACCAAUUGACAAGAAAGCUCCCGACUUUGUAUUCUAUGCGCCUAGACUGCGCAUCAACAAGCGCAUUCUGGCUCUUUGCAUGGGCAACCACGAGCUGUACAUGCGCCGCCGCAAACCUGACACCAUUGAAGUGCAGCAGAUGAAGGCUCAGGCUCGGGAGGAGAAGAAUCACAAGAAGAUGGAGAAAGCUCUGCUGGAGAACGAAAAGAGGAGACGAGAACUUGCAGAAAAGGAAAAGGAAAAGAUUGAAAAGGAAAAGGAGGAAUUAAUGGAGAGGUUAAAGCAGAUCGAGGAGCAGACGAAAAAAGCCCAACAAGAGCUGGAGGAGCAAACGCAGAGGGCUCUGGAGUUGGAGCUGGAGAGGAAGACGGCUCAGGAGGAGGCUGGACGUCUGGAGGCUGAUCUGAAGGGCGCUGAGGACGCCAAGGUGGCGCUGCUGCAGCAGUCAGAGAACCAGAUGAAGAACCAAGAACACCUGGCGACAGAGUUGGCUGAUCUGACUUCCAAGAUUUCCAUCCUGGAGGAUGCCAAGAAAAAGAAGGAAGAAGAGGCAGUGGAGUGGCAAGAGAAGGCCACCACGGUGCAGGAGGACCUGGAGAAGACCAAAGAGGAGCUCAGAAACAAGGUGAUGGUGGCUCACGUUCAGGAGCCCCUCAACGCAGAGAACGAGCACGACGAGAACGACGAGAGCAGCGCUGAGGCCAGCGCCGAGUUCGGAGCCGCCGUCACGUACAAGGACCGCAGCGAAGAGGAGCGCAUGACGGAGGCCGAGAAGAACGAGCGCUUGCAGAAACAUCUACUCGCUUUGAGCUCAGAGCUGGCCAUCGCUCGGGACGAGAGCAAGAAAACAGUGAACGACAUGAUCCAUGCAGAGAACAUGAAGGCGGGACGAGACAAGUACAAAACCCUCCGACAGAUCCGGUCGGGAAACACCAAACAGCGCAUUGACGAGUUUGAGUGCAUGUGAUGUCUGCACACCCCGACGCCAAAGCCCACCCAGCUGGGCCUCUCUGCCUGGACUGCAGUCCUGCAUCACACAAGCUGUUUCCUCUGCACCCAAAUAAAUCAGAUCCUCAACAUGACAUGGUUGCACAAGCACAGCACAAUGUACACAUAUGGAUCUGGAAAACUCCAUUUGUUAUCAUUCCUAACUUUGAAUUUAGGCAAGUUACUGGUUGAAAAGGGACAAACUGUAUUGUAUUAGUUUCAUUCCUCACAAGGGGCUUAUGUAGCAUAUUAGUAAUGGGCUCACGCCUCAUUUCAUGACACAUUGAGUAAGCAUUUUUAAUUUCUUUCUAUAUUUCUGUCACGUUUUUGUAUCAUGAUUUAAAAAUAAAAGGCUCCGAGACCAAUCCAAAUUUCAGAUUGAAAACUGUGCCCGCAGACGUAUCGCUGCCGUUCACAUGCAACGGUUCUUCACAGCAAGCUGGACGUAAAUGUUUCUCCCGCGAUCCGCUGAUCAUAGUUUUAAUGCCAAAUGCACUGUAAUCUGUCGAUGAAGAGCAGUAACAGAGCAGUAUUAUGUUUUUGCAAUUUCCCUUUAAAUGGACUCACUGAUCAUUUGAGUGUAUUCUGAAUCUGCCUACUGUUACAAAUCAUUCAGUAUUUACACCCCACUCAAGAGGUGAUAUUAAAGAUCAAUUUCAUUACAUUUUUUUUUUGUCUGAGUUUACAUUUACGAACACCUUCAAGUCAGUUUGCAAUCCCGAGGGUUUAGAGUCAAUGUUGCUGUGUUAGUCAGUGCCAUCAUCUAGUUGAAUCAGCAUUCAAUACAACAUUGAAGUUGAUCUUACUGUACCUUUAAGAGUUUUACCUUAGUUCUAUUCCUCUGCUUUUAUUUUUUGAUUCUGCUUAUUUGUGAGGAGCCUGUUGGAUAAUUAAAAUAUAUAUAUUUUUGCAUUGCUAUAACCAGUUCAGCAUUAGGAAUUACACUGUAGUUGUCACACAUAAAAUCAUCUGUAAAAGUUGUAGUUUAAUCUUACAUUCUCGCUCAUGUGUUUUACUCACAGAUGAGAAGUUUCCUUCUACUAAAUCUCAAUAGAAUUUGAUGCGUAGAAUAAAAAUAAUUUCAUUCAACAUGCACUGGAAAACCAUAGCUUACAUUUGCAAAUCGAGUCAAGACACACUCGCUGUCCCAGAUGGGCACCGUCUCCAAUGCAUGCAUUUUUGAUAUACUGUAUGUAUUUAAUUACGUUUGUGUAUUUUGUAAUUUGGAUUUUUCAGAAGUGGUAGAACUAUGUAAGGUGGAAAAACACCACUGAGGAUAUUUUUGUAUUAUAAAACCUAGGAGUUCUUGUCAAAGUAACAGUUUUAGUUCAGAGCGAACAUCUUUUUGAAAACAGUAUUUUGGUGUUAACUAAUAGCUCAGUGCUGUGAUAGUAAGCUGAUGGAACAAGCAACACCCAAAGCCUGCGAUUGGACCAAUGAAAAGCCGGAUGCAACAGGAGGCAAAAUGCCGUGAAUGGACAUUUUUAACCAGGCCAAAACAUUUUUGCAUGAAAAAGAACAAAAACUUCCAUGUGUCAUUUGUUCCAUAUUUCAUUUUGUGAUGCAGACAUGCGAAGGGUUUUGCUUGUUCUCAGAUAUUUAGACUUGAGUGUUUGAAAGAUUUAUUUACACUAUUUUGCAAGUUCAAAGUUUAGAUUUAUUUUAAUUUUAUUUAGAGAUUUCUCAUAUUGAAUGAACUUUUGUCAUUUGUACCCAGAUGCAUUUUGAUAUUCAGUAUUCUCGCCCAUUGCUGCGUAAAGUUCUUGUUCCAUGAAAUGUAAAAGUGCAGUCGUUGCUAUUUGGGAUACCUUCCCAUGCCUUUUGACAAUAACUUGUAUAAUGCGGCGCUCUAUGUUCUACCUGAAGCACCAUGUAUUGACAGCCUUCUUUUGAGAAUCAUGUGUGAAAAAUAAAUGUAUUAAAAGAU